AUUUCUUUAGUCAGGCAAAUAUCAGGGCAGCACAGUGAGGGUGAACAUGUGCAGCACUCUGAGCACAAAGCUUUGGAGCUGUACAGAGCACAGAUCUCCUCUGUUCUACUAGGUUUUUAUUUUAACUGUGGCUGUGGUUGGUGUGUGUGUGUGUCUGCGUGUACGUGCUGUGUGUGGUCUCAGAAACAUGUCGAAGAGAGCGAAGAAAAACGAGGCGUCUGCAGAACCAGGCAACAACGGAACAGAACCACCAACAAAGAAAGGGAAGAAGGCGAAGGAACCCGAAGCCCCAGUGUUGUAUGAAGACCCCCCAGAUAAACUGACCAGCAAGGAUGGCCGGGCAGCCAACACGAAGAUAACCUCUUGGAACGUAGAUGGCCUGCGUGCCUGGGUUAAGAAGAAAGGGCUUGAUUGGGUGCGUCAGGAGGCUCCAGAUGUGCUUUGUCUUCAGGAGACUAAGUGUGCUGAGAAAGCUUUACCAGCGGACAUCACCUCUAUGCCUGAGUAUCCAUAUAAGUACUGGGCAGGAUCAGAAGAGAAAGAGGGUUACAGUGGCGUGGCCAUGCUGUGCAAGACCGAGCCUCUUAAAAUCACUUAUGGCAUUGGUAAAGAGGAGCAUGACAAAGAGGGCCGUGUGAUCACUGCAGAGUUCCCUUCCUACUUCCUGGUUACUGCAUACGUGCCCAAUGCUGGCCGUGGCCUGGUUCGCCUCGACUAUCGCAAAACUUGGGAUGUAGACUUCCGUGAAUACCUGAGCAACCUGGACAGACGUAAGCCCUUGGUGCUGUGUGGUGACCUCAAUGUGGCCCACCAGGAGAUUGACCUGAAAAACCCCAAAGGCAACCGUAAGAAUGCAGGCUUUACUCCCGAAGAGCGGGAGGGUUUCAGCCAGCUCCUGGCUGCUGGCUUUAUCGAUAGUUUCCGUGAGGUAUAUCCGGAGCAGACCAACGCCUACACCUUCUGGACGUACAUGAUGAAUGCACGGUCCAAGAACGUGGGCUGGCGCUUGGACUACUUCGUGCUCUCUACUGCUUUGCUCCCAAGCUUGUGUGACAGCAAAAUUCGUAACACAGCCAUGGGGAGUGACCACUGCCCCAUUACCCUUCAUUUGGCUGUAUAAUCAUAUAACCACUCAUGUCCGUAUGCUUUCAGGGUCGCAUUCACUACUUUCUUAAGGAAGCAGUUAGUUGUUUCACCUUUUUUUUUCCCCCUCUAACUUGUGUAGUUUGGGCCCCACGUCCUCCCUGGAGAUUUUACAUGUUCAAGAACUCUUAAUUAGGACAUUAGAGCUAAGAGGGAAAAGAUAGUAGUUUCAAUUUAGAGUUUGUAGUUUUGUUGCAGAUGUUUGAUCGCGAAAUGUUUUUUUGAUCUUCUACAUCUGUCUCGUUUUAUUCCAAGAAGCAGAUGUCAUGAAUUAACAUUCUUGUUCAAGCCAUGUGAAAUGGGGGGAAAAAAGUACUCCAGCUCAAAAAUCAAAGCAUAGUUCAUGUUCAUCCGGAUCAGUGUUCACGAAAGUCAUGACCCGUUACCUUUAAAUGUUGAGUUUCUGAACCCCAGUUUUGAAACACCAGUGAUUCUAGAGCUGUAUGACUGAUUUACCAAAACUGUGUGCAAUUGGCAGGUUUCUAGACAAAUGACUUUGUAUUACUGCAAUGCUGUGAAUCAAUGCAAGGUGAUUGAUGUAUUUGGGUUUAGUUUCAGGUAUAAACUUGUUUGAUUAAUUUCCCUUUAGUUAGCAGCUGUUUCGUAAUCUUCACUGUGCUUCCUACUCUUACUGCAAAACAGACUAUUUUUUACUCACUUCUGCUGAAACAAAAAUAAAUUGCUGAACAAAA